GAUGAAGUAAACACGUGUGUUAUUCUGAAAAAGCACACGCUUAAAAAGAAAUGUUGACUCAACUUUUGAUGUAAAAAAAUUGUAAUUUAAAUAACACAGUUUCGAAAGCAAUUUUACACAUAUAGUUAUGGAACCUACGAAAGCUGCAGCACCCGUUCUUUCAGCAGCCCAACAAAAGAAAUCUAUUAAUGGAUCUACCAAAGUUCAGAAACGAAAAGUGUUAAUCAAUACGCUCGAUUCUCCUUUGGAUCUUGAAUGGCCGCGAAUAGGAGCAGUGAAAGAGGAAGAAGUCACAAAAUUACUUGCCGAAUACCUUUCUCCAGUGAGAGCAAAUCAUGUUUAUACAUCCAAAUCUUCGAUUGAGGCCAUGUCAAAAGAAGAAAGAACUGAGUGGCGGAAAACAGAAAAAGCAAAAGCAAAGGAAGAUGUAGAGGAAAGCAAAUCUAAAAUGUGUGACUUGAUGGUUGGUUUUCGAGAUGUGGUAAAGGCAGCUGGAAAUGGUCAGACCUGUGCAGUUUUUUGCGAAAAGACUCCAGAUCCCCCAAUGCUGACAAGAAUGCUGGCUCCUUUGUGCCAAAACAAUGGCAUUCCCCUUUUUGCUAUCAAAAACUUUAGCACAGCUGUAAAAAAUCUGUUAAACAUACCUAGAUGUUUGACCAUGGCUCUUAAGUUAACAGCAAAGGAGGAGACUAGCCCACUCAACGCCUUUUACAAGAAAAAUAUGGAAAUUUAUGAAAGUUGUGGGCUUGCAGUUCCGGAAAAAAGUUUGGGAUCCAUUGGUACCGAUUCAGCUGCAACAGUAGCAAUACUACCCGUAAAAGACCAAAAAUCUUAUACCAGAAAGGAGAUUUUGCCCGUUCCCACCAGUUGCAACAACGAACGGUUUUAUUUAAAAAAGAGUGACCGUGGUUGCCGCUUCGUACCGGGAGUGAACACGAAUCCUUUGAAAGUGAACAAGGACGCAGAUGAUACAACGUCAACCGCCAUGGAAUUCAUUGCUUUGAGCGCCGAUCCAACCCCUCAUUUGCCGGCAUCGACCAAGAUACUCCGAUACCACAAAAUCAAACAAAUCCAACCCAAUGAGAAUAAACAAGAAAAGCGAACAAAGAAAAAUUCAAACCCCGGCGAGUCGGCUCCAAAGAAGAAGAAGAAAUGAAUCGUCUGCGGCAGUCAUCAUUCAAGUAACGUGUCAGAUUCGAUCACAGACAAAAGCCUUUUUUCCUGGUACAAUCAUGUGAAUACAGCAGAGAAGAAGAAAAAAACAA